CCGCGCAGGCCUUGGCCCGCGUGUUCGAAGGAAGACGCAACCCACGCAAGUUACACUCGCGGAAGGCCGCAUGCAAAAGUCGAUUGACCGAUGCGUCGACGACGUUCCGAUAUACUUUGCGCCACUUGCGUGCGAGCCGGUGUCUUUUGACAUCCUCGACACCAAGUUCGACAUGAUUCUAGGCAUGUCUUGGUUGCGUAGCGCCGAUCAUCCAGUGAACUUUCAUGAUCGAACCGUUCACAUCCGUGAUCGGAACGGAGUGUUAGUCCCAUGUACGGUCGCGACCCCUCACACUUCGAUUGCUUAUCACGUGGUUUUCGUUGCGAGAAUUUGCGACGCCAUUGCUCGGAAUGACGUCGAGGAGAUGGGCUUUGUAUUCUUGCAUGCUCUCCCCUCGCCGGACGGACCAGCCGCGUCACCGCCGGACCCACGUAUUUCUCACCUCUUAAACGAGUAUAGAGACGUCUUCGAGGCUCCCACCAGAACGGUUCCGGAUCGGCCCAUACGUCACGGGAUCACUCUCGAGGCUGGCGUAGUCCCUCCGCGUGGAUGCAUCUACGGCAUGAGCGAAGAGGAACUCGAGGUGCUUUGCGCACAACUUGAUGACCUUCUUGACAAGGGCUGGAUUCGCCCUAGUUGUUCGCCCUACGGUGCCCCUGUUCUCUUCGUCCGGAAGAAGAACAAAGAUCUACGGUUAUGCAUCGGCUAUCGUAAACUUAACGCACAAACCGUAAAGAACGUCGGCCCUCUCCCUCGGAUUGAUGAUCUUCUUGAGCGGUUAGGCGGCGCGACGUACUUCUCGAAGUUGGACUUGAAGUCAGGUUACCACCUGAUUGAAAUCCAGCCUCAAGAACGGUAUAAGACCGCGUUCAAGACGCGGUACGGUUAUUUUGAGUGGGUUGUCAUGCCCUUUGGCCUCACCAAUGCCCCCACGACUUUCCAAGCAGUGAUGACGACUGAGUUUCGUGACUUGCUCGAUCGCAGCGUCCUCAUCUACCUUGAUGACAUCUUGGUUUACAGUAGGACGUUGGACGAGCACAUCGUACACCUUCGCAUUGUUCUGGAUCGUUUGCGACUAGCCAAGUACAAAGCGAAUCUCGACAAGUGCGAGUUCGCCAAGCAGGAGCUUGAGUACUUGGGUCAUUUUGUCACGCCGAAAGACAUUCGUCCCUUAGCGGACAAGAUCCAAGCCAUCGUGGAUUGGCCGGAACCCCAUUGCACGACGGAUGUACGCUCUUUCAUGGGUUUGGCUGGAUAUUAUCAGCGAUUCGUCGAGUCAUACUCGAAGGUGGCCGCUCCUUUGUCGAGACUUCAGUCCAUGAAGGUGCCCUUUGAGUUCGACGACGCAGCCCGUGGCGCAUUCACUAUAUUGAAGGCAGCAAUGCAAGCCGCACCUGCCCUCCGUAUAUAUGACCCCACCCUUCCCACCCUUCCCACCCAAGUGACUACGGACACUUCGGGAUACGGUAUUGGUGCAGUAUUGGAACAGUGUCACAAGGACGGUUGGCAUCCGGUCGAGUAGUUCUCCCGAAAAGUGCCUCUCGUAAACACUCUCGACGACGCUAGGAAGAAAGAGCUACUCGCGCGUCACCGUU